CCUCUUCCUUCCCGAGUUUCCACUAGAUAGCAUAGCCACAAAGUCCAAAUGUGCUACAUUGUAAAAAUUCAUGAAAACAAAAAUUAGCUUUUUGGUCUUAAUUUACGGUUAGGCAUAAGGUUAGCAUUGUGGUUAAGGUUAGGUUUAAAAUCACAUUUAAGAAUAAAUUGUUGAAAUAGGUGGAGUAUGACUUUGUGUCUGUGGUAACGACCCUUGCAUUUCGAUGUAAACAAUUUACUAAGCAUUUCUCAUUCCGCGCACCUAGUUACCUGUGCUGUAUUUGAGGUUAUUUUCCUGUGAAAAACAAAACAAUGAAGAAAUUUUUCGAGGACAUAAAGAAAGAUAUCAAAUUCAAGUCAGCGGGGCCAGGAAAGAAACUCGCAGAAGGCGGCAGCUCCAAGCCCCGAGUGGUGCAGAGCACUGGCCCUGCCAAGCCCCGUCAUGCUGCUCCCACUGAAGGAGCUCAGAAGGCAGGGGCUGCAGCCCUGGCCAGGAUCGAGGGGCAACCACGCCCACGGGUACAAACCUCACAGGAUGCCAUCCGGCUCCAGGUGAAAAGAGAGCUUGAGGCAGAAGCUGCAGCAGUAGCAGCGACUGAGAAGGAAAAGACAACAGCUGUUGAGGGCUCCAGUGUUAAGGAUCUGGCAUUUCUCUCAGUAACAGGUGUGUAUUUCACCUGCCCGCUUACUGGAGCCACCUUAACUAAGAGCGAGAGAGAAGUGCGCAUUAAAGAGGCCAUUUUCAUGCGGUUUGAAGAGGAUGCAGUGGAGGCUUCCAUUAUGAUGGUUUAUACCUUCAACAAGGACAGGGAGAAAGUCAAGGCUGCAGUGGACAUCAUAAGCAAGUACAUUGAAAACAUCUGUAAGAACCCCACAGAGGAGAAGUACAGGAAGAUCAAACUCAGUAACAAGGUGUUCCAGGAGAAGGUGAAGACUGUGGAGGGCAGUCGUGAGUUCUUGCAGGCUGUGGGCUUUCAGAGCAUCAUGCUGGAUGUGGAGGGACAGGAGGAGAGUGAAGAGUUCCUGGUGCUGAUGGAGCAUGACCCGGAGGCCCUGGAGGUGAUGAAGGAGAGUAGGGACCGGCUGCAAAGGGGAGAACCAGUCAGAGCCCAGCUGGACCGCCAGCCCCAGGCCUUCAGACCCUCCCCCAAUGCCAUGCGCUUCGAACUACCCCCAGAGUUCUACAACCUCACUGCAGAGGAGCUCAAGAGGGAGCAGCAGCAAAAGAGCGAGGCGGUGGAUAAGAACGCCAUGCUGCGUACCAAGGCCAUGCGGGAGAGAGAGGAGCAGAGGGAGAGGAGGAAAUACAACUACACCCUCCUGAGAAUACGACUGCCUGAUGGAAACAUACUGCAGGGCACCUUCCUGGCCUGGGACAAGGUGUCUGUGCUCUUCCAGUUUGUGCGGGACUCCCUGGUGGACGGCUGGCAGCCCUUUGAGCUGGUGGCGCCUGGAGGACACAAACUCGGAGAGGACCAAGAGGUGGCCCUGAAUGAAUGUAGCCUGGUCCCUGCGGUUCUGCUGACAUUUUCUUGGAAUGCCGCAGUGCAAGCGGACAUUGCUGCCGCCGGUGGAAAGGGUCCUGCACUCCUCAAGCCAGAGCUACUGGAGAAUAUUCGGACCCUUGGCUGAACUGUCCCUGCGUCUCCUAUCCUCGUCCUACCACCUUCCUGAGCCUCCACCUCCUAACCUCCCUCCUUCCCAGGUUGGAGAUGACACCUUCAUCCCCAAACCACAUUUCAAAGGCUGUAGAAAUACACUACUAAUCCUUUAAAGGAAAUACUAACAGGGGUUUCUAAGAGGAGACAUAAUGCCAUGCAGUGUUUUUUGUAUUGUACUCUGAAUGUAGGAUGAGGAUCUGAAACGGCUACCCUUACCCUGACACCUAUGAUUAAGCAAUCAGAGCUCAGCAUGGUAUGAGAUCUUGUUGUCAGUGUCACCCUUCUGCUCCGCUUCAACAUGCAUCCUGCUUACACAACAAAUACGCUCAUAGAUAUACAAUACUAGCUUUACAUGUACGAGCGAAUGGGUGGUUGAGACCAGACUGGUUGUCUAGUGGUAAGGGUUCGGUUGCUGCUUUUGUGAGCCAGACCAGCUGUGUACCACAAUGUAUAAUGGAUAAGCUAUUUUAUUUAAGACAGAACUUGUAAUAUUGUAUUGGAAAUCACUUGCACUUUAAGGUUGCAGCAGCAGCAUUUCAAAUGAUGUACAUUAAAAGUGAAGGUUACUGGACAGAGCUCCUUAUGUUUAAGUUCCCUUUGUUAUUGAAUAUGAGGGGAAAAAAUGAGGGUUUUGUCACAGCAGUCAUUCAAUUGAGUAAUUUCCUAUUUUAAUUAUAUUUCUAAAUUAUCAAGAAUGUUAUUUGAUUUCAGCAGAAUGGAAAUCUGUGAUAGUGGUGGUUGUUUGUUUUUGGAUGGUUUGUACUGUAUGAGACCAACAAUGAAAGGACAUACACACAACAUGGUGACAAAAUGAGCUGAGGGUUUAUCCCCUAGUCUUUAUCCUGGUGGUAGCUGGAAUGACAACAACCUACCUCUACUCACAGCACGCAUAUUCAGGCGUGAAUCCAAUGUUUCAGUUCAGUCCGGGCAUGAACAGCAACAAUUAGCAAAGCAGUUGGCUUAUGUACCAAGAUGUAAAUGUUGUUUUCCUAGCCUGAAGGUCAUGCUCUGUCUAGGUAUCAAAGCUCAGUCAUGUGUUUUGUUGCUUUUAAACCUGCCUGUAAUAAAGACGACGGUUGCAUCAAGA